AUGGAUUCAUACAGAAUCGCAAAUAACAGAAAUCAGACUAGAAAAAAAGGUAAAUUCUCUUCAAAAUUGGAGUUCGUAUCAGAGAGCCAACGAUCGCCCGGUGCUUAUUUCGAGGAAUUUCUUCAUUUUUCGGUGUUUGAGCAUCAUCAAGAGGAUUACUCGCCAAAUGGCGAUGAGAAACAUCUUCCAGAACACGAGCCCGAGUCGUUUCUUUUGGGGGGUUUUGUAUACGAUAUUUUUCACAUUUUCUUCUUUCUCGUUUCACUCUGCUCAAAUCUGCACCGAAAAAAUGCAUUCUAUCCUUUACGUUGCCGUUGCUUUCCUUGUUUAUUGGCUUUUGAUCCCGUUCGUAUAUCUUUUCUAUUGUGCCGUGAAAGAGAUAGCGAGCCCGGCUCAAAUAGAAUCGGGUGGAUUGUUAGUCGAUAUAGCACUCACGUUUCUGAGGACUGCGUUUUUCCCACUCGCUUGCGUCUGGAUGGUUUCGGUUUUCAAAGAUGCAGUUUUAUGCGCAUGCAUGGGGGCGUUAGGGAGUGUAUUCUGCUUAUUCGCGUGCUUUAUGGAUCCAGAGGAAUACGGGUUAACCGAUUAUUUUUACGGGUUGUUUUUGGGUGUUUUUGUGAGCACGAAGGGCAAAAUUGGAAAGUGCCUGGUUUCGAUUUUGAUUAUGGCUUCGAACCCCGUCGCUCGGAAAUUGAGGGAGCUCAGAGAAAGACACUGAGUGGUUGUGCAACACUCGUUUUUGACACGGAGCUUGUUAGGAGUAAAUGGCGAAAAACAUUGAACACCGAUGAUGAGAAAUCAAAUGACGACGAACUAUAAAUGCACCUCUUCGGUUUUUCUUUUUUUUUCUUUUUUCCGGUUUGUUAGAGAUUUCGUUUCGAAUGUUGUGAUGAGAUGUAGUUAUGUAAAUACAGACAGUCUAGUUUAUUGGUCUUGGUACUAUGUUUGCACGAAUCUUUUCUUACUAAGUCGUGUUCGAAAAUUCCGCCCAAUAUAUUUUCUAUAUAUAGAGAAUAUUUUCUACGAUACGGAGAUAAUAACUCUUGAAACAACCAUCUUCGAUUCCAGUUCAAAAAUUUCCCAAAAAAAAAAAGAAACAACAACAAUCGGAUUAAAGAAAUCGAAAAUGAUUUUUUUGAAUAAAACAAGCAUCAUUAAAAAAAAAACCAAUGACAUAAUCAAAUAUUUGCAUAAUCUAUAGGGUGAUAAGGUGAAAAUAAUUCCUGAAAAAACCAUUUCUUUCGUCUAGGGUUGCACCCGAUAUCACUGCAGAGCUGAUCAUUGCAGUAUAUUUGAAGCUGCGCAGCGACACACGCCCUCUUAUAGUUUUCGCAGCUAUAACGACGUGCGUUUUCUUCCCAUUUACGGACAUUUUCUUCCAUUUCGAUUAUCGGAGGCAACUUAAAUUUUCCUGCGAGAAAAUGUGAUAUCCAUUUGCUUCUCAUUUCGAACGUGAACAAGGUUGCCGGGCUCUCGGAGUACCCGAGUAUCGCUAAUUGUGGAAUCCUCGGAUGAAUGCACUCCCUGCAACAUAUUUAAAAAAAAAAAAAAACUAAUUUAAAUUUUCAAGCUAAUAAUUUUUUAUUAUUAUUUUACCUUUUAGUUUGAAAUUAAAUUUAAGGUUUAAUUAAUUUGUGUUUGUAAAACCAAGGUUAGAAAACUAUUUAGUCCAAAAUUAGAUAAUAUUUAGCGUAAGAAGUU